UGACAGUGUAUAGAGUGUUGUAGGUACUGUAAACUGUAAGCUGUGGAAACCUAGUCGGUAUCUGUACAUUUACAAGCGAGGUGUUAAAACCAGGAGAACAAGGAGAAAGAUCGACGAAGGAGAAGGCGGCACACGGUGGCCAAAGUGCUCUGCGGCAACACUAAAUACAGCAGCAGUUCACCAGUGUGGUGCACGCUCUCGUCCGAGACACACGUGUUCCCAGAUAGAAGAAGAACAUUGUGAUCUUGUAUAAUACCCCUAUCUCCAUGUGUGUUACCACGUGACCAACUACAUGCAAGAAAUAACAUUGUUGUUUCAUUGAUUUGUGAAUUUUUUAUAUUUUGCUUUAUUUAUUUAUGGCUAAUUUUUAUUUUUUUUUAAACAUUUUUCAAAAUUUUCACCCAGUGAAUUUUGAGUCGCUAAUAUGACCGGCUGUAAUUGAAAUAAAUUUAGUGUUUAUCUAUGAAUAGUUUCAACUAAAUCAAAGAGAAACUUUGCUUGAUAACAACUUGAGAAGAACUUUUUUUUUUUAUUUCAUUGAAGACCGGAACUGCACCGGUUUUCCCGCCGACAUGUUGCUUAAACUACAGAUCGCAGUGUGUCUGAUAGUCUUAGCAUCGGUGUCUUGUGAGGACUCUGCGUCUUCGGGGGACUCGAACUCAGCGGUCCCGGUAACGGCGAGCAACACAAUCCAGAAGCUAAGGAAAAUCCUGGAAAAAUUCGGCGAGGAGCAGCAGCGCGGUCUCAAGCGUGUCUUUCUAAGUAAUCGAUCGAUCACGUGUAAUGACGGCUCGCAAGCCGGAUUUUAUCUUAGGAAAUCCCACGGUUCUAAGAAGUGGAUUGUGUUUCUCGAGGGCGGAUGGUGUUGCUUCGAUCAGAAGACCUGUCGACACAGGUGGAUCAAAUUGAGGAAUUAUAUGACAUCUACCAAUUGGUCAGAAACUCGAGAUGUUGGCGGUAUUCUGUCCUCAAAUCCUCAAGAAAAUCCUUAUUGGUGGAACGUCAAUCACGUAUAUGUACCCUACUGCACAAGUGACAGCUGGAGCGGCACCAGGUCGUUCCCGAACGAGAUGUUUUCGUUCAUGGGGGCUGAAAUAGUCUCCCAAGUGAUUCGGGACCUGGUACCACUUGGUCUGGACACCGCGAGCAGUCUGAUGCUUGCAGGGAGCAGCGCGGGCGGAAUGGGUGUCAUGUUAAACUUAGACCGGGUCCAGAAUCUGAUCCACCACGAGCUGGGUCUGACUAACACCGUUGUUAGAGGAGUCAGUGACUCAGGGUGGUUUUUGGACCAAGAACCGUAUCCACCCAGCGGAGGAUUAUUGCCCGGAGAAACUGUAAAGAUGGGCAUGGAACUCUGGCGCGCUCGAAUGCCCGCCAAUUGCGUAGCUCAAUAUCCGAAGGAACCGUGGAAAUGUUUCUUUGGAUACAAGCUGUACCCAACGCUAUCGACACCAUUGUUUAUAUUUCAAUGGCUUUUUGAUAAAGCGCAAAUGAAAUUCAACAACGUUGGUACACCCUUGAGUAAGGAACAAUGGGAUUAUAUCCACAGAAUGGGUCGAAUUGUACGUCAAACGCUUGAUAAUGUCACUGCUGUAUUUGCGCCGAGCUGCAUAAGUCACAAUGUAUUAACAGCACGUGAGUGGCAGCAGGUGAAAAUUAAUCAAGUUACUGUACCUCAAGCGUUACAUUGCUGGGAAAGAAGUUUUUCGUAUCGUAGCCAUGGCAGCAGCACACAAGUGGAAACUAAUCAAACUUGUACAAAGCCAAUUACAGAUCCGUCAUUGCGGACGAAUGAGACGAAGAAAAACACGACUCUGGCAACAUCUGUUGUCAGUGGAAAUAAUGAUAAUGGAAGAAAAGAUGAUGAUACAGGUGUUAAUAUAAAGCAAAACAUAAAUGUACUUGGGAGAAAAAAUCGUGUUAAAGGAACGAUGAGCCACAACAAUAACGGUUCGAUUGACGGCAGAGGCAAUAAAAAAAGGAAACGUAGGAGAAAACAUAAAGAUAAUAAACGUCAGAGGGAACGUAACAGAAAUGGAAAAAAUAGAGAGAGAAAGGAUAAGCGACAGAGAAGGAAAGAAGAGAGGAAAAAAAAUAACAACAAAUAUAUAAGCGGUAAUAAUCAUCGCACAAUGUUGAACGACACACGACCACAACGUUCGUUGUUACCGAGCGGUAACAAAAAAGAAAUAAAAUGUGUCGCGCAUAAUUGUCACCACCGUCACACCGACAAUUGCUCUUGGCCACAGUGUAAUCACAGUUGUCCAAAACUUCAUAAUCCGUUCACCGGAGAAGAAAUGGACUUUAUAGAAUUAUUAAAGAGCUUCGGGUUGGACAUGAAAAGCGUCGCUAUCGCCCUUGGUAUCGACAUUCACACUCUCAAUAACAUGAACCACGCGGAGCUGCUUAAUUUAUUGACGCAGCAAUCUAACUAGCGCUUGAACCUGAUCAAGACACCUAUUUUCCGAUAAAAUAGGUGUCACCAAAACUAGUGUAUAUAGUUUUUCACGAAAAAAAUUAUUAUAAUAUAGAUUUAUAUAUAAUGUUGUACACAAGUUUUUAAUUAUUUAUUUUUAAUUAAUUAUUAGAUAUUUAAGAGAUUAAUUUUU